UUCGUCUGGAAUGGAAAGUUUGCAUCGUGAAAUCAGGAAGUCUAGUAAAAGAUUUUUGUGAGAAAAAUCGCGGCUGCAAAAUAUAAAAAGCUGCAAAACCUCCUCUGGCUCUCACUGGACCUCUCAGCCAUGCGGUUGACAGCUAAAUCCAGGUCUUCUCUUUGCUCCGACAGUGGUUAACCUAACAAGUAGCUCAGUGAAAAAUGUCCUACUGGUCUGUUGGUCUUCCCCAGAACUCUGGAGACACUUCCAGCAACAUGGAGCAAAAAGGCCCUGAGGAGGAUAUGGGAGCAAAGGCGUCAUUGGUGGAGGGUACUGGGUCCAGCGCUUCACUGUUUCCUUUACCCACUUUGGAAAACAUCCAGGCAGCAUAUGAAAAGGGAAAGGAAGAUGUUGCCGGGGAGCUGAUUAAACAAGCAUGCUGUGUGGUGUGCAGUACCGGGACACCCCGCAUUGAUGGGGUACGUCUCCUGUGUCUGGCCUCUCAGCAUGGUGACCUACAGAGUGUAUGCUACCUCCUCAAAGAAGCCUGUAUCGCUGUGCCCCAGGAGCCAUCUAACAGCAACCCAGCCAUCCUAGCAGCACACUAUGGACACACAAACCUGGUCAAAGAGCUACUGGAUUCUAUACCUGGUCCAUCCCUGAGGAGAGAUUUGCUCAAUUGGAUGCUGGCCAAAUCUUGCCAGCAGGGUCACCUGGACGUAGUUCAUCUGCUGGUUCAUAGCUAUGAUGCUGAUGCCAAGGACUUUGCAAUCCACAGCGAUGAAUUUGCUGUCAUCACUGGCCAGCCGUUGUAUGCUGCUGCACAAGCAAAUAAUGAGGAGAUAGCUCUGUUCCUGCUGCAACAUGGAGCAGGAUUCUCUUCAUACACCCUAAAGGACCAUCCAGACUUCAGCAAACGUCUCCUCAGACUCAAACUUCAGGAAACCUACAAUGCAGAAGGAGAUAAGGUUGUCAGUGUGUGUUGGAGUGAUCUUCAGCUGCCUUGGUUGGAGCUGGAUUGGUUCAUGGAUGUCUCUUCACGUAUCACUCACCUGGAUCUGUCAUCCAACUGCCUGGCUGCUGUGCCCUCUGUGGUGCCCUGGGGUCUCAUCAGUCUAAGGAUUUUAGAUCUUUCUAACAAUGUACUGAAGGAGCUUCCUUUUGCAAACAACUCCCAGGAGGUCAUUUGCUCCAGUUUACAACAGGUAAAUCUCUCUGAGAACCAGCUGAACAGUUUGCCACAUGCACUUCUCCACCUCACCCGCCUCCAGAAGCUCUCUGCUACCAAGAACCAUCUCACAGUUCUGUUUGACCUCCCUAAAACCACUAACUGGAUUGGCCUUCGUAAGCUGGAGGAGCUGGAUGUGUCUGAUAACUGUCUAACCAGUCUGCCCACAGCGGUCAUGCACUGUUUGAAAUCCCUCAGUGUCCUCAAUGUGAGCAGGAACAAGCUGAGCACCUUCCCUGACCCCUGGGCUUGUCCACUGAAGCAAUGCAGAGCUUCUUCCAAUGUGAUUGAGAAUCUUCCAAACACUAUCUCCAUCUUCUGGAGGAAUCAGCUGCAAGAGGUAGACUUCUCUGACAACAGGCUGAAGGAACUUCCUUCAUAUCUCUUUGAACUGGAGGCUCUGGUCACAUUAAGAUUGUGUGGGAAUCAGAUUGCAACACUCCCAGCCCCCAGUAAAUGGAAGUGCUCUCAGCUCAGGAUGCUUGAUCUUUCCCAAAACCACCUGGGCAAGACAGAGGAGGGUCCCAAAUCGAGGAGACUGGCCUUCCUGACUACAUGGAACAGGAGGGACCCAGACCCAGUGUGCCCCAUCGAGUUCCCCAUCAUUCUGCGCGAUUCACUGGAAGUGCUUCUCUUGAAUGACAACCAGCUGGAGUGUGUUCCACAAUCCCUUUGUUGUCUGCACAGCCUCACUGAGCUCUACCUCUCCAAUAAUCCUGGAAUCCGGGAGCUUCCAGCAGAGCUUGGUCAGCUCUCAGGUCUGUGGCAGCUGGAUAUUGAAGACCUCAACAUUACUAAUGUCCCCCAGGAAGUAAGAAAAGAAGGUCCCGUAUCUGUCCUGGCUUUCCUCCGGGCACAGCUUCGGAAGGCGGAGCCUUGUAAGCUUUUGAAGAUGCUGGUGGUCGGUCCGCCGCGGCAGGGGAAGUCAGCCCUUCUCGAGACUCUGCAGACCGGCAGAGCCUCCCCCUUCACCCCAGCAGAAUGCAGCAUCUCCACCUCCACCUGGGAGCUGGACAAACCUAGUGGAGGCAAGAACAAAAAGGACUCUGUCACGUUCAGUGUGUGGGAUAUUGGCGGUCAGGCCAACAUGUCCACAGUGAACCAGUGUUUUUUUACUGAUAAGGCCCUGUAUGUGGUGAUCUGGAACCUGGCUCUGGGAGAGGAAGCUGUGGCCAGUCUGCAGACAUGGUUGCUCAACAUAGAGGCACGAGCCCCUAACUCUGCAGUAAUUGUUGUGGGAACACAUUUGGAUCUUAUCGACACCAAGUUUCGUACAGAGAGACUGGCGACACUGAGGGCCUAUGUAUUGGCACUGUGCCGAUCCCCAUCAGGUGCUCGAGCUACUGGUUACCCUGAUAUCACCUGCAAACACCUACAUGAAGUGUCCUGUAAAACCCUGGAGGGAUUAGAUGGUUUAAAGAUGCUGAUCUACCAUGUGGUUCUCUCCAUGAGGGACAGCAGCAGCUCAGCAUGUGGUGGGAAACUGCUGGGCAGACUGAUUCCCAGAAGCUACCUGGCACUUCGGGAAGCAGUGAUGGCAGAGAAGGAGAGGCGACAGGCUGAAGGAGAGGUCCAGUACCUAACUGAUGCACAGCUGAAUGGCAUCAUAGGACAGAACCCAGAAAGUGACAUCAGAGACUAUGAAGACCUACAGACUGCUAUCAGUUUCUUGAUUGAAACAGGAACCUUGCUCCACUUCCCUGACACCAGUCAUGGCCUUUGCACUCUCUACUUCCUGUGUCCUGUGUGGCUGUCAGAAUGCUUAGAGAGGAUCAUGCACCUCAAAUCCUCUCGCACUGUAGUCAGGAAUGGAGUGAUCCAAACGGAAGACCUCAGGAUGCUUUUGGUUGGAACAGGGUUCACGCAGCAGACGGAGGAACAAUAUUUCCAGUUUCUGGCCAAGUUUGAGAUUGCUCUACCCGUGGCCAACAACAGAUAUCUGCUGCCCCACCUACUUCCCCCCAAACCAGCCCUGGACAUCCAUGGCUUCCGCCAGCAGACUUACAAACACCCUUCAACGUCUUUUCAAGAUGAGCUUGUUCCUGCUGGAUUUGGGGAGCGUUUUAUUGCCAGAAUGCUUAUAAGCCUCACAGAGAUAGAUAUGCAGUCAUUUGAAAACAAAAUAAAAAGCACCAAGAGCCAGCAGAGAAGGAAUUCUGUGAUCUACAGCUUUGCUGGAAUCCAGCAGAGGAGCCGCUGUAGCACCUUUAGAGUCCAACGCAACCAGACCAUCUACUGGAAGGAGGGGCUGCUGGUCACUUUUGUUGGAGGUUACCUCAGUGUGGAGUCAUCAGAUGUCAACUGGAAGCGAAAGAAGAGUGGAGGCAUCAAGAUUAUCUGUCAAUCAGAAAUUAGGGAUUUCUCUGCUAUGGCAUUCAUCACAGAUCAAGUCAACUCUCUAAUCGAGCAGUGGUUCCCAGCUUUAACUGCCAGUGAGAGUGAUGGGAGUCUCCUUAUAGAGCAAUAUGCCCCCUGUUCCCUCUGCGCCUCCCUGAGCAAAAAGAAAGAGGUUGAGUUCCCAGCCAGCCAACACAGCAAGGAUGGAGACAGAGGAAAACAUGAAGAUGGUGAAGGAAAAGAAGCAGGGGUCCAUUAUUUUAAUAUGGAGGACUGUGUCCUGGCUGCAGUGGAGAAGGAGCACAUCAUGUGUCCUCAGCACCCUGAUCAGCCAGUUCCUCUUCAAGAGUUGGUCCCAGAACUCUUCAUGACUGACUUCCCUGCACGGCUCUUUUUGGAGAAGUCCCAGCUGGAGUACUCUGAGGAGGAAAAUCAAAUCCUUGGCCAGGGUGGCAGUGGGACCAUUAUCUACCGAGCCCAAUACAGGAACCAGCCAGUGGCUAUCAAACGCUUCCACUUUAAGAAGUGUCAACAAAAGGCAAUCAACAGUGACACAGACACCAUGGUGAAACACCUCCAGUCGGCAAAUGCUUAUAGGAGUUUCUCUGAAUUUCGCCAGGAGUCCAGUAUGUUGCGCUGUCUCCAGCAUCCCUGCAUCGUCUCUCUAGUGGGCAUCAGCAUUCAUCCACUUUGCUUCGCCCUGCAGCUGGCCCCACUGGGUAGUCUCAACACAGUGCUGGAGGAAAAGCAAAGAGGCUCAAAGUACAUGCCCCUUGGCCACAUGUUAACCUUCAAAGUAGCCUAUCAGAUUGCAGCAGGACUGGCAUACCUUCACAGAAAGAACAUCAUCUUCUGUGACCUCAAAUCUGACAACAUUCUGGUGUGGUCUCUGGAGGUUCAAGAUACAGUCAACGUUAAACUGUCUGACUAUGGCAUUUCACGACAAUCCUUCCAUGAGGGCGCUUUGGGAGUUGAAGGCACACCAGGCUACCAGGCUCCUGAGAUCCGACCGGGCAUUGUGUAUGAUGAAAAGGUGGACAUGUUCUCCUAUGGUAUGGUGCUGUAUGAGCUGCUGUCUGGGAGGAGGCCAGCACUGGGACACCACCAACUUCAGAUAGCAAAGAAGCUCUCCAAAGGUAUUCGGCCCGUGUUGGGCAGUCCACAAGAGGUGCAGUUCUACUGCUUGCAUAGCAUGCUGACUGAAUGCUGGGAUACUAAGCCUGAGAAGAGGCCAGUGGCAAUGCUGUGUGUGAGGCAGAUGCAGGAGCCUAGCUUCCCCUGCCUCAGGUACAUAUUGUCCUGUGACAGCAACUCUCAGCUCUUCCUGUCCCAGCUGCAGGGAUACAGCGCUGUGUUCUGGAAUGACGACCAGGAGGACAGGAACUAUAGUGUGGUGAAUGUGAACAAGGGUCAGGUGGAGGUGAAGAGGAUGUCCUGUCCAGGCAGUAGGAUUAGCUGCCAGAUGAAGAUGGGAAACACUCUGUGGAUGGCCACUGAGGAACAGGAGGUGUUCAUCUACAGUCUGAAGGACAUGUGUCCACUCAGUCAACCCCAGAAACAGUUCUCCUGUCCAGCCAUCAUCACCUGUUUAUUCCCUGUUCCAGCAAGAGACCAGAGCCUGGCCAAAGUGUUUGUGGGGAUGUCGGAUGGCCUGGUGGUGGUGUACAAUGUGGCAGAGGACCUUCCACUAGAAGGAGAGACCUACCUGUGCUCCCACACCCUAAAUAAGACAGAGUUUGGUCUGAAGGACUCAGAUCCCAGACAGAGACCAUAUCCCGUCAGAAGUAUGGCUCUCGUCAGCAGUGGCUCGCAGUUAUGGUUCUCCAAUGGUCCGGGCCUGCUGGUCAUAGACUGUCUGAGUCUUCAGGCAGUUCGAAGGCUGGACCCCUAUGACCCGCCAUCUUCUAUCAUAUCUUUGGAAACCAGCCUCAGUCUGUGGGGAGAGGAAGCAGUAUGGACCUUGGAUGACCACAUGAACACCCUCUUGCUCUACCAUGCUGCCUCCUACGAACUCUGUGCCAAGUACUGCUGCAGGGACAGCAGUCCUCUACGGGACGUCUUCACCGUGCAGCGUCCCACAGGGCUAACGCCGAUGGCAACCACUAAUCUCAAAUCCACACACCAAAAAGAGAAGCCAGAGUGGUCUAAUGGAGAAGUGACAGUGAUCUUCAGUCAGGAGGCAGGUACUCAGAUGAUCCAGCAUCAGGAUUCACUGACAGACUACUGCUCAAUAUCAUCCACUUGUUCCUUGGAGCUAGCAGAGACGGAGUCUUCAAGCCCCAUAGACCACAGCUUACUUGGCAAUUGCAGUGGUGUGUUACAGCCUGCAGACCUGGAGGAGACAAUGAGGGACCAAGACCAACAGCCAUCCUCCACUUGUGAGCUUGGUUUGGAAUCUGCAGAAACCACGAACCUCACUGCACCUCACUUACAAGCUUUCACUGUGCUGGCAGUGAAUGGAACUCUGUGGAUCCCCAGACGUGGAGGUGAUGUGAUGGUCAUCGAACUACAGUCACAUGCUAAUCAGCUAAGGGGCCGCGUCAUUGCUGUCCUCAGUCCACCUGAAUGUUCCUCACUGGGAAUCCUGAAGGAAGCAGCGCUAGUGGCACAGGACACAGUUGUAUGUGGCUUUCAGAAGGAAAACAUGGAGUGGUGCCUGUGUGUCUGGAGGGCAUGGGGCUGCUCAGAGCUGGAAGUCUUCUACCAGUCCUACGAGGAGCUGGGCCGCUUCGAGGCCAGUGUGAGGAAAAGAAGGUAGCUGUUGUGCUGCAACAGCAAGGUGCAGAAUCAGAGCUCUGUACGGCAGCUGAGCCAAGAGGAAUACACACUGACCAGUGUUCAGAGUAGGGAGCUGCUGAACACUGAUGUUAGGGGGAGAGCCCCCUCACUGGAGACCCCCUCUCCCUCACUGUGAGGGGGUCAAGUGAGCUUGAAGCUGAGCACCAUUAUAUACCUCAGUAUAAUCAUAACUUAAGAGCUGAAAAAUGGCUAGCCUGCUAGUAGACAAGAAAAGCCAAAAAGCUGAAUCACAGAACAAAUGUGUGUGCUUUAAUGAUUGACUUUACUUUAGCAGUUAUCACCCAGUCACUGUGACUGGGAUUCAGUUCAAGAUGUGGUGAGCAGUUUGAGACUGAUUGCGCUCUUUCUUCCAUUCUGGUGGUGAGAGUACCGAGACGUUCUGAAAGGUGAAACAUUAAAUGAAAAAAUGAUUUAAGACACAGCUGCUGUUUCCAGCACAAUGUUGCUAUAAGCUGUGUUAGAAACACACAGGAGGUGGUAAAUGGGUUUACAAAGUGUAUAUUUGCAGAUUUUUUUUUAACAGUACCAUGAAAAUCUGCAUGUAAGCUGCAGCUCCUGUAAGCAGCAAACUAACAUCUGUGAUCAGUGCAACAUUAUGUAACAGUUCAGUUAUUCUCAGUCUUUCCCAUGAAAACCUUUUUAUCAUCUUUUUACACAUAAAAACCAUUUUUUUUUUCCUGUAAGCUCAAUUUUUGCUUUGGACUGUUUGGUCCUUGUUGCUUCUCUUCCAUUUAAAAUAUCAGAAAAGAUUCAAUAUGUUCAACAUUUUAUCUCCUUAAUCAGCAGUAGUUUUUGUUUCAGCCUCCCCUCUAAUGCACAAAGGAUUCACUGGACCAACUUUCUUUUCCAGGGUGUAAAAUACUGUUGUUUUGACAAAACUGUUUCAGACAUGCCAAAAUUAGGGGUUGAGAGCUUGCAGUGUGAAAGGCCAAUUGCUUUGUUUUCACUCACAGUCCUGCUAACUCAGGUUUAGGAAAAUUUUGGUUAAAGUAAAUUUUAAAUUAAAAAUUACUACUGCAUUCAGAUGUGACAUCAUGAGGUCAUAUUUUUACCAAAUUUCCUUAUGUUGUGAGUCGGAAGUGAGAACAAGCUCAUUUGACGUGAUGCAGAAGUCAGAAGCUUCUUAGUGUUUUUUUCCAUUGCCUUUACACAAAAAUAAAAUAUUGUGCCCUGAUGUCAUCAGAACAUAAUUGUUAUCAGCAAUGGUACUAUACAUAAUUCAUAAAAACAUUUUUUGUCAUUUUAUACAAACAAUACAACAAAUAAAUAAGAAGUUUAAUUAAUUAAUUUACCAUUCAUUUACAAAGGUUAAGUGUUAAAGUGUUUUUUUGUUUGUUUGUUUUUCUGGUUUUGUGUGUUUGGAUGGCAGAAGCUACUGAGUGGGGAAAAGGAUGUUUUUGAGAGGGUUAAAAACUGUAGCACUUAAGUCAAAGUUGACGUCCGUGCUCAUUUGUCAGCCCUCAAUGUUGUAACAAAGCAAUGCAUGUAUGGGAAUAUACAAUACUGUGCAAAAGUCUUGAAUCACCCCACAUCAAUUUAUUUAUUUUCAAGGAACCAGACGUUCUUGUAUC